UGGAUUGUAUAAACUUCCUUCAGUUAGAAAGGCUGCUGUUCGUGUUGCUCUGUGUUAGCAUGGAUUGUAUAAACUUCCUUCAGUUAGAAAGGCUGCUGUUCGUGUUGCUCUGUGUUAGCAUGGAUUGUAUAAACUUCCUUCAGUUAGAAAGGCUGGUGUUCGUGUCGCUGUGUGAUAGCAUGGAUUGUAUAAACUUCCUUCAGUUAGAAAGGCUGCUGUUCGUGUCACUCUGUGUUAGCAUGGAUUGUAUAAACUUCCUUCAGUUAGAAAGGCUGCUGUUCGUGUCACUCUGUGUUAGCAUGGAUUGUAUAAACUUCCUUCAGUUAGAAAGGCUGCUGUUCGUGUCACUGUGUGAUAGCAUGGAUUGUAUAAACUUCCUUCAGUUAGAAAGGCUGCUGUUCGUGUCACUGUGUGAUAGCAUGGAUUGUAUAAACUUCCUUCAGUUAGAAAGGCUGGUGUUCGUGUCGCUGUGUGUUAGCAUGGAUUGUAUAAACUUCCUUCAGUUAGAAAGGCUGGUGUUCGUGUCGCUGUGUGAUAGCAUGGAUUGUAUAAACUUCCUUCAGUUAGAAAGGCUGCUGUUCGUGUCACUCUGUGUUAGCAUGGAUUGUAUAAACUUCCUUCAGUUAGAAAGGCUGGUGUUCGUGUCGCUGUGUGAUAGCAUGGAUUGUAUAAACUUCCUUCAGUUAGAAAGGCUGGUGUUCGUGUCGCUGUGUGAUAGCAUGGAUUGUAUAAACUUCCUUCAGUUAGAAAGGCUGGUGUUCGUGUCGCUGUGUGAUAGCAUGGAUUGUAUAAACUUCCUUCAGUUAGAAAGGCUGCUGUUCGUGUCGCUGUGUGAUAGCAUGGAUUGUAUAAACUUCCUUCAGUUAGAAAGGCUGCUGUUCGUGUCACUGUGUGAUAGCAUGGAUUGUAUAAACUUCCUUCAGUUAGAAAGGCUGGUGUUCGUGUCGCUGUGUGAUAGCAUGGAUUGUAUAAACUUCCUUCAGUUAGAAAGGCUGGUGUUCGUGUUGCUCUGUGUUAGCAUGGAUUGUAUAAACUUCCUUCAGUUAGAAAGGCUGGUGUUCGUGUCGCUGUGUGAUAGCAUGGAUUGUAUAAACUUCCUUCAGUUAGAAAGGCUGGUGUUCGUGUUGCUCUGUGUUAGCAUGGAUUGUAUAAACUUCCUUCAGUUAGAAAGGCUGGUGUUCGUGUCGCUGUGUGAUAGCAUGGAUUGUAUAAACUUCCUUCAGUUAGAAAGGCUGCUGUUCGUGUCGCUGUGUGAUAGCAUGGAUUGUAUAAACUUCCUUCAGUUAGAAAGGCUGCUGUUCGUGUCACUGUGUGUUAGCGUGGUGGUUGGGUGGGGUUGUAUUAAUGAGGGAGGGUUGCAAGAUAGAGUAGUGAAGAAAAUGUGCAUUUGACUUUGACCAUUACUGUACAGUAUUUGUCCCACAGGUACUGAAAACUUGCACAUUUGGCUUGAACUCCCAAUCCUAGGACCAGAUUAACAAAUCAGCACUGUACAAGACUGAAGACAAUGAUGAAUUACAAAGAUAUUGCCAUGCUAAAGUGCACAUAUUCAUUUAUCCAGUCAAGCAUUCUUGGAAGCUCUCCAAAGGCCUUGUGAACUCCCUUUUCCUUCAGCUGUGGAUGAAGAAAGGCGAAGUUGGUUAA